GCCGCCGAGCUGGCGUGAGGCAGAGCCGUGUCGCAGCGAGCGGACCUGCUGCAGGUGGGGGAGCGCGGCCGGCCGAGGGCGCGCCGGGCUGUGGGUCAGCGGGGCGGGUCUUUCGGGCGGGAAAGGCGAGCUUGGCCGCGCUGCACCCCGCGGGGUUCUCCGCGCUCGCUGCCGUGCUGGAGUCUGGGGGUGACGGGAGGGACGGAGCGGGGCAGCGCCGUCGGGGCGGCAGGUGCAGCCGUCGGGGCGGCUCCACAGCCCGGGGAUGGGGACGGUGGGAGCCGGAAAGCCGUGUGUCUGAGAUAAUGAUAUUUGUGCCUUCUUUUUAACAGGGAGCUGUUGAGCGCAGUGUGUCACAGAUGUGUUGGGUUUUCUUGUUGAUUUUCUGCUUUUUGCAGUACAGUUGCAGUGCGGCGGGUAGAUUGUGCUGUCUUGAAAGGCUUGUCUUGUUGGCACGCGAUGAAAUCAUUUAUGUUAUAUCCCUCUGUGUGACAUAGAAAUCCACGUUAUUUAGACACGUGAGUGAAAUAAAUUGCUGGCAUUAUGUAUCUGUACUUAAGCUAGUUUGUGGCGUGGGAGUUCAGACAUUAUAGCAAGGAGCAGAGUAGAAGAGGUUGCAAUACCUGCAAUUAUACCCGUUUCUGUACCUGGAAGGAAAAGUCCGCUUGGGAGGCCACUUGGGAUGACUUCCAUUCCGUUGCUUAAUGCUGAGAUGUACAUGGUACUGUGCUAAAAGGAUCUGGUCUCUGGUUUCAGGAUUUCACAAGCUGGGAAACCAGUCCUCACAUUGGUUUGGAAAGGCUUCCAGCUCUCAGGUACCUGAGGAAGCAUUGCAGGUUUAUUAAACCUACAUUAUUAAACAGAGGUUUGGAAUUUUCCCUCAAACCUUAUUGAUCGUGGUGUUUCUUACUGUAUGUCACUCAAAUAUCUAUGGAAAUACAUAGCAGUGAACUAAAGGGUGAGUACAGCACGUGUAUUUGAAGUGCCAUGAAAAAUGUGUUUUCAUUAAGAAAUGUAGUUUUCAACUACGAAGAGUCUGUUGGGAUACAGCAUAUUACAGAUACGGGCAAAACAUGGUGUCCAAGCAGAAGGUGAAGUAGACUGGCAAAGUGGAGGUUCUACUCAGUCAGUUCUGCUGAUAAGAGCUGUAUAUUUGUUUGUAUUUAAAGAAAAAUUAAGACAAACAUUAUCCUGGGAUGCUUAAGUGGAUUGUUCCAGGUGUAUAAUGUCACCUUGUGGUAGUUACAACUUCAGUGCCCGUGUCUGGUAUCAGUCCUGUAUAUGAUUUUGGACACUACAGUUCCAGUAGGCAGUUAGCCAGGAGAAGAGUAAUAAAAGUGAUCUGAGAUCUAGAAACGUACCCUAUGUGAAAGAAGUGAAAGAACUGCAUUUUUAUGGUGUAGGGAAACAAAGAGCGAUGAAAGACAUGAUAACAAUCUUCAGAUGUGUAAUUGGUUGCUGCAGAGUGGAGAGAAAUUGUUCUUCACAUCAACUGGAGGUGCAACAAGAACCAGCAUGCUGAACUAUAGCAGGAAAGAUUAGGUUAAAUGGUGGGGGAAGUCCUCUCUAACUGCGCAAGUAAUUGAGCACUGGAUUGUCCAGGUAGGGCAUGGAACUUCCUUCACUGGAGAUUUUAAGAUCACAUCUAACCUAUCUAAUAGUGUAUUUACCAGAAAUACUGAAAGCAAGAGUAACCAUGGCAAGGGUUGGCUGUUAGGAAAGGUUUCUUCUCAGAAGGAGUGAUGAGGCACCAGGACAGGCUGCCCAGGGAGGUUGUAGAGUCACUGUCUGUGGAUGUUUUCAAGAAGGUGGCACUGAAGGAUGUGGUCAAGAGCGAUCACAGUCAUUGGUUAAUGGGUUAAUGUUUGGACUUUGAUCUUAGUGGUCUUUCUAACCUCAAUGACUCUAUGAUACUAUGAAACAUCUCAUCUUUCCAGGUCCCUUACAGCAUUUAAGGUUGUCUGAGGCUGCCAGAAGGUCAGCCUGUGAACUGGCACUCUUGGUGGCAGUUACACAGUUCUAAGCGGCAGCUUUGUAAGCUAAACACUGCUCAGUAAUCCACUUACUGUAUUUCACCUAUAUGCCUAAUUGUUACGCUAGAUCUUAUGAUCCUUUUUCCCUUCUACUCAAACUGCAUUUACAGCUGAGGUCUAAGAGCAGUGGUGGAUGUUCCAAGUGGAACAUCUUGGUCUGGCACCGUCACAAUCAGCAGAUUGGCUUUUUGGUGAAUGUUAGGAAACUUGAGCUCAAUUCCAGAGUACAGUUCUAUAAAUUGUAUCACGUUGCUCCCUUCAGGUCGUUGGUAACACAAAUGUGUUUCUGGCAAGUCUAUAAGGUAAAGCUACAUUUUGGUUUAUUUUGCCUCAUUCUAGGCUAUGAUCGUAAUCUUGGAAAUCACUUGCAUUAUAAUUCAGUUUGCACACAUAGCUGGAAAGUGUAGUUUGUCCUACUGGCUUCAACAAGUUUUUUUUGUCCAGUGCAGUUAUCAGCCCAACUAAUUACAGAGAUAGCGGAAAUGGACCUUCUCUUGGUGUUUUUCUUCCCUCACCUUCAUUAUGUUACCUUUUUUUCUCCCUUUGUGCUCAAGUUUUACGCUUUCAUGGUGUUAAUCUUCGUGUUAUUACCAGCUUACAUUUUAGUUACUGUUAAAAUUCUACUAGGUUCUUUGCUUCCCAUGUUGGUCUAUGAAAUGAAAAAGGAAAACCAGUUUUUUUGAAUAUCUCCGUUUUAUAAGAGAAAGGGCAUACAUGAGACCUUUUCCUGUCAGCAUUUUUCAUUGCUUUGUGUCCUGUUUUGUUCUUACUGCUCUAGAGAGGUAUUGAAUAGAACAGAUCUAAUCUUUUCAGUGUCUCUAUAAGACAGACCUUUUUUUAUGCUCUUAGUCAUCUGUAUCAUCAAGAUGUCUUUGCUUCUGCUUUUUUAUCUUCUUCGAGCUGGCAUAACCAGAGCUGAACCUGAUAAUCCCAUUGAAGACUUGCUACUUAUUAAGGGUUUGCUACUGUUUCCUAUUUUGCUGCUCUGGUUUUUUUCUAUCAUAUCUACGCUGAGGGAACAGCCUUUGGUGCUGGGUAGUGUUAGUUCAGAAUGCUCAAGGAGGUCAAAAUACAGCUUGCAGAAUGCACUGAUUUCCUCUGAAUCAUCUCAAAGCACACAUCAGGGCCAGGAACAGAGGGGGCUCUCAGGGGGUAUUAUGGCCCAUCCCACUGUCCCACCAGGAGUAGGGCAACUGAGGCCAGCCCCACCCACUGGGCACCUACAUGGAGGCCAAGCUGUGGGCCUGCAGCUGGGCCCAACAGGGCAGUGCUGUGAGGAGCUGGAGACCAGCCCUGGUGUGGCCUUGCUUGGGGCAGGGGCUGUGAGCCCCAUGACUGGCAUGGGGCCCCUGCUGUUAAGCUUGUGAGUGCCAUGAGGGCAAUGAAAAAAUUUCAAAACUUCAACCAUCCAAUUUCUGUGUUGGAAAUGUAUGAUAUCUACCCAUUAGCACUGUAUCCAAAGGUGGGGACUUCAAGGAGCUGGCAGACUGGGAGGCAAUGUUACAAUUCGUUCUAGUGUGAUAACUGCAAGGAGAAUGCUUGAGCCUUUAUCUUUGCCCAGUAAACAAAAACCCCUAUAAAUGUUUUGUGCAAUAUUAAGCUGUGGUUCAGCAAAGCCCUGGCUUGGUAGCUUGUGGGAUGCGAUGUUCCCUGUGUAUCCCCUUCCAGGCAGGCCCCGGUGCACCACCCUGAGCAACGUACUGUAGCCUUUGAGUGGCCAACUCUGCCACUCACCAGUGAAAUGUAGGGACAAGAAGAAAAUGAAGGAGGUUGAUGCACUGUGACCACACAUACUGCUUUUUAAAAUAAAAUAAAAUAAAUAAAUAAAUUGGGUUUUGAUGAGGCUUUCUUUUCUGCCCAUUAGUGGGAAAAUAGGUUGAGCCCUACUCUAUAUUGCUUCAUUUAGAAGUGGACUGGCCAUGGAAAAAAGCAGUAGGAGAAAGCCAGUGCUGGCAUAGACAAAAUUACUUAAAAGGCUUUUUUCCUCUCUCUCGUUUCCAUGGCAUUGGGAUACUGUGAAAUUUAUAAAAGAAACUUAAUUCUAUAUUGCCCAUAAUCUGCACAGACAUUGUUUUACAGCAGUGCUGAUUGAUUUAGCUUUUCAGGGGAGAUGUCAGGCACACUAGUAGUGAUUAACAGCAGAUAGAAACCAGGGAGAUGAGCAGUGUUGAUCACACUGAAUAAUACUGUGAAUGAAAAUAUGAGUACAAAGUAAAUACAUGUCAACCUUUUGGAAUUUUAUGUGAUUUAUAUCAUUUCAAUGUUGGAUUGAGUAAUUGGUCUUUUUAUCAGUGUGCUUUAUGCUGUAAUAAAAUAGGGUUUAAAUAGUGAGAAGUUAAUAGCUGCUCUAAGUGAAACACAUAGGCCCUGAAAUGAGAUGCAUUCUUUCUAGCAAAGAACAUGCAAAAAUUGCAGGGAAGUUUGUUUGCACUUGGUGAGAUGAAAAAUUAAACUACCUUUCAUGCCAGUGAGAGAUUUCCAUUUCUUCUUGAGUUCUCUGUCAGUUCAAAGUAAGCCUUUAAAGAAUGCUGCAUUAGCACAUAGGAAAUCUAAAUUUCCUCCUUGUAUAUUAGUACUUUAAGGCCUGUUCAUAAUUUAGACACUUAUAUUUCAAGAUUUUCUCCCUCCCAUGAUUAGUUCCAGUAGCUUGGUCUGGUUUGAGGCUUGAGGAACUGUACUAAAAACAAAGAGAAGUUGCACGUUUCUCAGCAAUGUCAACAGAAAUAAAUAAUGGUAGGGCAAAAUGAACGGAGAUUGUAGGGGGAAGAGAAGUAGAGGCUGGGAGAAACUGCCACUCUUUGGAGCAGGAGGGGUUGAAAAGCAGCCGGAAGGGCCAGGUGGCUUUGGAUGUGGGGCUGGGGAGUAAGAGUCUUCUGCGAACUGGCAUGGGAACAGGUGUGAGGAGGGCUCAGAGGAUUUUUCAGGAGGGUUUGGGGGAGUUUUUUGAGAGUAGAAUAUCUUGUUUCCUCAUGCUUUUCGUCCAGACCAGCCUUUCUCGUUUUUUUUCUCCAGCACUGUCUUAUGUUCUGGGUUCUUCUCAUUGCUUUUGUAGAUCUGCACGGAAUAGAUAAAAUGUGCCAAUUGUAGUGGACUACUUGCUAAUGUGUGUGCAGGAUGGCUCUCAAUGUCUUUGUCUGAGCAUGGAUCACUGAUGGCUGAAACACUUGCAGCAUACUGCAUAUUUGCUGCUGUAACAGGACCUACAGGAUUUUGAAGAAGAUUUCAUCUGUGGAAUACACUAGGAAUGUUAAUUUACCCAAGCUGUCUUUGAAAGGGAGACAUUGAAUUGCUGGUAUAAAGAGUGUUUCAACUACUGUGGUUGGAGUAUACAUUAACACUGAAAUUUUGUUACCUUAGAACAUUUUUGUCUGUUUUAAAAAGUAUGUAAAAUAACCAAACCUCAACCUUUUCAGUUUAGUCUAAUUUAUCAAAUUUACAAUAUUGAGUUGUGUUAUUCAAAUUGUCUUUAUUCUUUCCCCCUUUCUCUUGUGUAAAUCUUUGGACCCACAAUAAUGAUAGAGCAUGUUUUAACUUGCUUGAGCUCAUUUAUAUCCUACAUCAACAGAACAUUGGAAAAAAAAAAAAAAAAAACCCCGAGCUCCAGUUUGAGAGUAAGCCAAUAAUUUUUGAUGCAUGCCAGCUUGUAUUUUCCACAUUAUUUUAUAACAGUGUGUACUUUCUUCAUUAAGUAGAGUUAAUGAUUUCCAAAAGUUUUAUUUUUAGUCAAAACAGUUGCAGCAUUUUUAUUUUGUAUUUGCUGAGCCCUCUUAAGGUAAUUAAAAGACAUCAAAGAGAAGAGUGCUGCAGUUGCUGCAAUAGCAGAAGUACCUGUAGGUUCAGCCUUUGACAAAGACUUGUGUGCUCUUUGUUACUAAGAAUACCUUGUGCUUGUGUUCAUCCCAGUAACUGCAAUUCUCAUUGUUUUAUGACUAUUAGUUCCCUAAGUCCACAGCAGCCUGGGGUAUCUUAUGUGGAGAGGUUGAGAUAAUGCUACGUAUUUGUAAAAGCAGUAGGAUGUAUUAAAACACCAGAUUAUUGAGCUCGGUGUAAAAUCUUGUGGCAUAACCCUUGUUUCUAGUGAAAGUGUGCAAAACUGGGUGAACUUUUGCCACACUAGCUGGGGAUCUAUGAGGGAUAGACCACGCAAUGCCAUGAUGAGCCUUCUGGGCUAUGAGUGUUAUCUGUAAAUGCGAAGGAAGAUGUACAUAGUGGUACUUUAUUUCUUUUCCUGAUAUCCUUCACUUACAAUGUUCAUAUUGUAGGUGCAAUUAGAAAAGUACAUAUUGCCUUUAGUGUCUGCAAGUAUAAUAAUUUCUGUUUUCUUAGUCUUUUAAACACGUAGGUGGCUCUCUUGGAGCUCUGGCAUAGAUAGACUCCAUUAGGCAGCAAUCUACACGUGUUAAAAUGAACAUCUCAUCCUUUUAUUGCAGCUUUCUUUGACCAGUUCAGCGUGUUCCUACCUCUUGCACUUGGGAUCUGACCCUGGUUUUCUUCCAUUUCCUUUCUCAUUGCAAAUAGACAGAAUCAGGGCGAAAAAUAAAAAAAAAAUAAAAAUAAUUAAAAAAAAGAGGAGAAAAUAAACACUGUAAGUGUAACUACAGUGUCAUUGUGGUGAAGAGGAGGAAGGCACAUCUGUGCAAUAAUUUAAAGGGUGGGUGAUUUUCUGAAAAAUAUGAAUUGAAGUUGGAAGAAAUGAGUGUGGACCACUGCUGCGUUGUUAGGGUCAUGGAUUCAUUCCUUUCUCAGCUGCAGAAAGUGUUUCGAAACAAAAAAGUCACUCUGUGGGAAGUUGCUCUCUGAGAUUAGAAUUCAUGUCCAAGUAAAAAAACCCAGGGGAAAGUUAUAAUACUGCUCUUCCAUUUAACUGGAGCAUUGGUUGUUUAUGGGAGAUGGACAUGGGAGUCUCCGGUUCUUAAAAUCUUAGCCUUGAUAGCAUGUGAUUACAAGAUAAAACAGAUCACUUUUGACAGAAUGUAAAUGGAACAGAAGUGAAUGUCAGUAUUUUUGGAAAACAGAACUCCUUACCAAGUGGAACAGUUUCUGCAAAGUUAUCAAAUUUUGUUUAAAAGGCUUCCAUUUGGAGAGAGAAGACCAGGGCAGGCAAAAGUAAGGGAAGUUUUGAGAUACACCACAAUAUGUUUAUCUUAUGAGAUAGAACUCUGGAAAAGUACAGCCAAGACAUCUGGAGCUAUAUAAAGGGUUCCUCAUUUCAUAACAAAUUUAAAACAAAGGAAACUUUAGGUGGAAAUACAAAAAUUAAAAGGUGUUUUAUGUCAAAGGUGUUACAUGUUUCAUACUGAAAAGAAAUAAAAACUUUCACCUUCUAAAAGGGAGUCUUUUUUGUACUUCAGAAACUCUGUCACAUACAGAGAAAGCAAGGAUUAAGUGGCAAUUCUAAGCAAACCAACAAAAUAAACAGAAUGGCAUUUUGAGGAGCUCUGGCUGGAAGCUGACAGAAGAAGAAGAAUGGGGAAGUGAUGGCAGUUGGAGACUUGGAGAAGAUUCUUCAUAUCCCUGAAAAGUAAAAUUGAGAAUCUUCCAGGUAGAAUUGCACAAAUCGUGGAGAAAUCACUGAUGAUAAAAUGUAUUGAAAUGCUGGCAGAUUAUCAAACUGAAAAAUACACUUCUGAAAUGUAAUGGAAGAUAAAAUUAUAAUGGAAUUUUUUUUGCUUUUUUAUUUCUUUGAAAAAGAAUGAGGGGUGGGGAAUGGGAGACAGAUUUGCUGAAUAGGAAUAACAUGGAUUUUUUUUUUAAGGUCCUAGACAAUAGAGUUUUAUGUUUGUAAUUCCCUGAUGAAUUUGCAAUGAAGAGAAAGGAAUGUAGCUGUAUGCCCCUGUGAUUAAGUCCAUUUGCUGUGCAAAGAGGCCCACAUGGCCAUGGUGUGCUUCCUGACUCAGCUGAAAUGAACAUUGACAACUUUUGCCAAAAAGGAGAGGGAAGCUAGGUUGCAGAGGAUUUCAUUAAGAAGCUCAAAAGAGAGGACAGCUGUACCUAAUUUUCAGAAGCACAUAGUUGUCUUUGAGGAAGCCAAGCAGUACCAAGAAAAAAAGCUUAAUUUUGAUUUCCUAAAGAGUAAAGGAAUUCCAUUUAUUUGAUCUCUCCUGCUAUUUUCAGAUCUGGAUUUAAAUAAGAUAUCUGCUCUCAAAAGUGGUAUUUCUAGCCAAGGAGAAUUUCAUUUUUGCAUAUGCCUAGGUAAUUUAUGCUAAAUAAUCUCUGUUGUUAAUGAGGAGUUUGUCCUUUUAUGCUACCUGGUAGUAGAAACAAGGCUUCAACAAGGCCGUUGUGGGAGCUGUGAAUUCCCAAACCUUUUGGGUAUGGAAGUUUGGGUGCUUUGCAGAGAUGUGAUUCUCUCUUCUCCUCGAGACUUGACCUCAUGUACUUCUGGGUUUGUUUCCUGCUCCAUUUGAUAGGAUUUUUAGAUAGAACUGCAGUAAUAUAUGUCUUCUAUUCCUCCAGAAGUACUUACAGGGUAUCUUUCUUCAAAGACAUCUGCAUACAAAGAAAUCUUGCUCAAAAAUCAGAAUUUCAAAAAUGCUGUUUUAUGGUUAUUUUGCCCACAUGACACCAGGCUGUGUAGUGCAGCUGACCCACUGGAAAGAAGGGGUGCCAUCUAGAGGGACCCUGACCCUGGUUGUGGGCCUGUGUGAAGCUUAGGCAGUUCAACAAGGUCAGGUGGGUUAGGGCAAUCCUAAUGGUGUAUGAUAUUUAACCCAAGUUAAAUUUAGUUUCUCUGUUUUGAUGUACAGAAUUUACUGCAGAAUGUCUGCAUUCUGCACUACUGGUAUAUUCUGAUUUACUUUAGUUAGAAAUAAGUCUUGAUUGUAUAAUUUCCUGAAGACCUAAGGACUUAGAUGUGUAGCUACAACCUAAGUCCACCAUUUAAAUGCCAGAGUGAGUCUUGUUUCUACUCAACCACAGAGGAUAACCAGAGUCAUCAUGCUCAAGUUUGUCAGUAAAAAUUCCUGCACACCUACAUGUCUGAUGGUAGGCAUGCCUAGACUGUCCUAGAGUGCGUAGCAUGGUAGGUACUUAACAGACAUCUGAUUCCUAGAAAGAUUUACAAGGCAGAAAUUCUGUCUCACCUGCGGAUCUUGGUCUAGCAGGAAUGUUUUUAUGUUUUUGGAACAAUCUCCAGGAAUAGUAAGGCGUUGGUUUUUUUUCUUUUUUAAUGCCAUGUGGUUAGAGCAUUAGCCAAGAUAAAGAAGAUCUGGGUUUAGUUUCCUUCCUCAAUCUGAAACAGUUUGAACCGUUUACCUCGUUACUGGUAAAUGUUUAAAUGUUGAGCUUCUGAUUAGAGGCCUCAUGGAAGAGGAGAAAGGUGAGAGUUGGUGUAAUUAUGGGUGGUAUUGUGUGUUUCAAGACUUUUUUUUUUUUUUUUUUGCCAGCACUGCAGAGAGCCAUAAGCAUAGGUUUCAGUGUUUUCAGCUUCCAAAGUGGCCCUUGGGUGCAUAACCGACAUGCACCAACACCAGAGAAGUCUGAUUCAUUUUAAGUGUUAGGCCUCUUAAAGCAAGCCCUGUCACUCAGUAAGUAUUUGCUGUUUACACUGGACCAAAAUAAACUGUCUAUGUACGGUAGAGAUAAUGCUUCUUAUUAGACAAAGAUGAAAGCUACAUUAAGUGUGAUUUAUUCCAUUAAGGAUAAUGGCAAACAGGGUGGAGGCUGCUGUAUUAGGAACAAGCUUGCAGAGGUAAACCAUGUGAAUGCAUGGCUCAUACUGCUUCAAAUAGUAACAACAGUAGCGCACUUCGUAGCUUCUUUAGGAUUUUCCUGCUCAAGAUAGCUCUUUACAGAGCUGUAGAAGUAUCUCUCUCAUAUACACUUAGUGAUGCUCUGUGGCACUACUGGACAGCAAAGGCUGUGCCUGAUUUCACACACUGCCUUUGAGAACUAGGACGUUGCGUUCUGCAGUAACCUCCUAAUAUCAUAUCAAUAGUAACCUCCUAAUAUCAUGAGAGUGUUAGAGUGGUGUAAUGUAGAAAUAAAGUUUUAAUAUUUUUUAACACUGUUUUUAAUUCAUGUUAAGUCCACUAAAAUUCUGUCUAUGAAUUGAAUUUCAUAUACCAUGGAGUAUGUUUAGAAAUUCUUGAUCUCUGUGUAUGUUGGCUAACAAAUUAUUUAUUGCUGUCUUUUGGAUAAGUUGGGUAUACAACUUUCACUUUUUGCUUCUUUAUUGUAUUUUGUAUUUGUUUAAUGCUUGGCCGUGCUGCUGGAUGACUAUAGUUGUAACAGUUUAUGAAUCCAACAAUUUAAAAGCUAAUGCAUAUUUUCUAAUGCCAACAUAGAAAUAAUUAUAAAUCCUGUGCAUCUUGGAGAGCAAAUACAAAACAAGUAAUUUUUUUGUUAGUGUUGGAUGACAUCAAAGCAGGCAUUGAACUCUGAAUCCGGAAGUUUUGUUUUGUACCAUGAAAGGCACUAGCAGCACCUCCUCUUGUAACUACUUGCUAGUAAUGCAUUUAAACCACAAUUUUCCAUAUACUGUAAGAAAUACAAGUUGGAACCAACAUUUUAACAGCUGAAUUUAUCUCCACAAGUCUUCUUCAUAUGAAGUUGCUGAGACUACAUGCUCAGUGCUUUUGUCCAGCUGUAUAAUCCUUAGUUUCAAGUGCCAGAAUCAACCCUGGAAAUGUUGUUUGCUCUGAAAUACUGUGAAAGUCUGUGUUCUUGGAGAGCAGUGAGGACACAAAAUAUAUUAGCAUUCUCCAUAUAAUAUACAUUCAGCAUUUUGUGUUGGUGUUUUUUUUUUUUUUCUAAAUGCACCAGUCUGACAUUUAACAAAAAAUCGCAAGUCCUUCCAAACUUGAAAAAAAAAAAACAAACCUCAGGAAUAUGUCUGAAAAUGCAUCUGGCAUCUUUAGAAAUGUCAAACUUCUGGCAUGUGUAAUAACAUUGUAUUCCUUUCACUUUUUUUGGAAACCCGCAUAUUAGAAUCUGUAAAAAUAAAACACCUGCUUUCUUAACUUGUGGGUUCUCUCCAAAAUAAUACAUGUGACCUGUAAUUUGUUCAGGCCUAUCCAAAAGCAUCGAUAUGCUGUGGAAGCAACUUGUCAUAGGUCCUAGCAAAUGGGCCAUGUUAUUUUACUCUUUCUUUUGGAACCUGCUUUGGUGGCAUGGACUCUGCAGAAAGUAUGCUACAAGUGUUUUGUGAUGUGUGACUGAUUUGUAAAAAAAAUAAUCUGCAGUGGAAUGUUUUUAAAAGCAUGUCUAGAACUGGAGUAUUGGUGGUAGUUGGUGGACUGGAUGAUCUCGGAGGUCUAUUCUAACCUUGGUGAUUCUAUGAAGAGUGAGGCAUGCUAUUUGCACUGUGAGUGCAGUGUUGUGGGAAGAAUAGGUUUAUAUUUUAAUCAUUCUGUGUAUAAAGACUUAUCCAAUGAUAGGCAAUGCAUUCUCUCACAAACUGCUUGAUUUAGAUCAUUAAAGAUAGCUAAAAUCUAACUUUAAAGAAUUAUAAGAUGACUUUGUAACUGUAUUCUAAUAGCUUCUAAUGUGGACUGGUUUGUCUGUGAAGGCAUCAGGGUUCAUUGCCUAAGCUAGGUAGAAAAGCAGACGUAGUAUCAAACCUACAGUCUGUUUUCUUCCCUCUUCCUUUUUUUUCUUCUUAGGGGAGAUUACUGAAGUUGGACAUCAGUGCGCAUCACUUUGUGUAUAAAGAUGUAUCAUUAAAGGAAGCAUGGCCAGCAAGGUGUGAGGGAGGUGAUUCAUCCUCUCUUCUCCGUCCUUAAGAGGCCCUGCAUUCAGGUUUGGGGCACCCAACAUUUAAAAAAAAAAAAAAAAAAAAGUAAAAGUGGAGUGUUGGAGUGUGUCCAGGGGAGGGCCACAAAGAUGGCCAGAGGUCUGAAGCACUUCUCUCUCCUGUGAAAGCAGGCUGAGAGUUGGGGCUGUUCAGCCUGGAGAAGAAAAGGCACCAGGGAGGUAUUAUGGCAGCCUUCCAUUACCUUAAAGGGGCCCAUAAGAAAGCCGUGGAGAGACACUUCAUCAAGGUUUGUAGUGACAGAACAAACAGAGAAAAGGUUGAUUUAGAUUAGAUAAAAGUAAUAAAUUCUUCACUAUGACAGUGGUGAGGCACUAGAUGGGGCUUUGGGCAGCCUGAUCUAGUGGGAGGUGUCCUGGCCAUUGCAGGGCUUGGAACUUAGGUGAUCUUUGAAAGCCCUUUCUAACCAAAGCUAUUAAUUGAUUCUAUAUUUGUACUUUUAAGCACCAUCUUGCUUAGCCCGGUUUAGUGUGAGAACAACAGUGUGGUAUGAACACAACAUUGUUUGAAGAUGGAUGCUGGGACCAAGACUAAUUUCUGAGACUGGAAAAAAAAAUCAGAGCACUAUGCUUUUCCAGUAUUUUGCUUAUUUAUCCUGUUGGUCCAAAUGGGUUCAUUCUUUGUAAUAUGAAAUAAAGAGGUGAAAAUUAUCCUGGAAAGUCAAGAGACAUCAUUCUAGAAUAAUUUAAAUUCCUUUUUCCUUGCUACAAUCUGUUCAACCCUUUGUUACUUAGAAGUGUUAUUGAGAGCUCUGGGUGGAAAUAAGAGUUUAUUCCAGUGAUUCUGGUAGAGCUAUUGCUUCCUUUAUAUUCUCCCUCUUUUUAGCCCUCCCAAGUGCUUAUCUGAAGGGCACAGGAACUCCUAAGGUAUUUCUAGAGAGUGUUUUAAAAAAGUUAUCUGCACUGCUCUAACCUCUGAGGACUAUUUAAUUUACCUAUUAAAUUAAUUUUAUCUGAUUGUUUCAGAAAUGGGAUGGUCCUGUCUGAAGUACAGCUUUAUUAUUAACAAAUUCUAAGUUGCUUAAUGCCAAAGAGAAACAGCAGGCAGAACUGUUCUGUUCUUUUAAACGGAAAAGGUGCAAGUAGAAUGGUAUGAAAGAGGCAGAGUAGGAAAGUCUUCAGCUAGUUACAACAUGGGCUAUAAUAUUGUGAAACAUAUAACCUUUCAGAGUAGUCUGAGGAAACAUGCUUAACAUAAUUAUUGCUUAAAAGAGGAAAAAUGUCCCUUGCUGAAACCGCUGCAGAUGACAAAUGCUCACAACUGUUUGGGAUCACUGCUGAACGUAGUAGCAAAUCUCAUCCCUGGGUCCUAGAUGACUCUUCAACCCAUAUGUUGAAGAUUGCUUCAUAGUAGUAGAGUGGGAGGAAAGAAUUUGCCUUCUUCCCAUGUGCUGUAACCUGGAAAGACUGAACAGGAUGCUGCCUUCCACCCCCUCUCCAUCCUUGCAAUGCCAGCUUGUAGGGAGUUGUCUGUGGCAGCUGAGGAAGAAUAUUCUGCAAUUUUGAACUUGAAGUUUCAGAGCAUUUCCAAGUGUGUAACAAACUUGUGUGAAUCCGAAUGUUGUCGCUGUUGUAAAAAUAGACACCUCUGACUUGAGGGUAGGUCUUCUUUUCGCUUUCUGGUGGUUUGGAAAUGUACUCCUCUCGUAUGAUUAAAUCCUGACCAGUGAGUGUCUGAAGAUUAAGCACGUGGCCAAUAGUAUAGAUUGUCUGGAGCGAGAGAAAAAGGGAAGCAAAGAUAUUAAAAGUGAAUGGUUAUAGCAGUAUUAUAGGGUGCAGAGACUUUUUCAUAAGGACGUGUAGUACUUGUGCUCCUAGCUUAGUAGUGGGGAUUCACUUCCUUGCAUCCAAAAGGGAUGGAUUAUAAAACAAGAAUGCAAUAACUAAGCAGUUAUGAUGUAGAUAUGGAACUAUGUAUACAAGUAAGAAGUCCACAUGAGAAAAAUCCAGCAUAAAGAUAUGUAAGGAACAUUUUUAACAUGUAAAUACAAGCACUGACCUUUCAACAUCAGAAGGGAAGAGAUGGAGAUACUUGUGAAAGGGGGAAAGCCACAGCAUUACUUGUUAAAAAAUUGUAAGCAAUAAAAAAACAUUUUGGAAGUUGGGAGGUACAGGGUAGGUGUUGUAGCAUAGAGCAUUCUCUAAAUAGCUAAACUUUGUUUCCUGGUUACUCAUCUCUCUUUCUCCUGCUCUUGAUGCCACCAGAAGUCAAAUGUGAGGGGUGGCAUGCUGCUACUAGAGCUCUGUUCUGUCCUCCGGGGCAGUGGGAUGGCAGGGCUGUCUGGGCCUGCUUUACUUACCCUGUUCCAUCUCCUCCUGUUUGCUCUUCAUCAUGCUAUCCUCUUACCUUCACAGACCUUGUCCUAAAGCCAAAUAUCUCAGGAAUGCAAAUAGCUUGGAGAAGAGCAGUAUGCUUGAUGAAUGGGGGGGCUCUGCACCUAAAGAGCAAGUGCCCUAGAAGUUGCACUCAUGAGUGAGAAGGAGGCUUCCUGCAAAGUGAUUCAGAGACACAGAAAUGUGGGAUUUGGAAGGGGCCUCCUGCAGUUCUGUAGUCUAGCCAUGCUCAAAGCAGACCCACUUAGUGUAGUCUGGUUUGGGCCUUGUACAGACCAAGUUUGAAUAACUCCAUGGAUGGAGAUUUUGGUAGUCCCUUACACAUCCAAUUGGCAUUUCAUAUUUUCCAUUGUGUAACCAUUUCCAAUUGACUUUCCAGAGUGGCUGUGGGGAGUGACUCCUUCCAUCUCCUCUAUGCCUUCUUUUGCAGACUGAACUAAGAUGUCCCCUCAGCUUUACCUGCAUUUAGACUGGGGGUUGAGGAGAGAAGAAGGGACCUCACUUUUAUUCCUACCUCCCAUUUAUAGGUUUCCUAGUGAUGUGGUUGAUGUCCCAUUCCUGGAGACUUUCAAGGCAAGGCUGGGUAAGGCCCUGGGCAACCUGAUCUAGCUAUGGUGUCCCUGUUCACUGCAAGGGAGUUGCACUAGAUGGCCUUCAGAGGUCCCUUCCAACUCUAGGGAUUCUAUGAUUGUAUGAUUCAACUUCGCCCAACCUCAGAACAAUAUUUCCAGGACUGCAUGUAGCUUUCCAUCCUGCUUCCCUGUUCCUGGAGUCCAGUUGAGUCCUCCCAGACAACUUAGCUUCCUACUGGUUCCCUCUUCAUGAGUUGAAGCCAUGCUGCAUUCCACCCUCUGCUUCCAUCCUACACUGCCCCAAUUUCUUCAGCAAAGGGCAUUCUUAAAUAAUUAGAAACAGGUUGAAUAGCAGACAGUUGAGGGAUACCCACUAGCAGCAGUGCUUUUGAGAUCAUCCUGAAUAAUUGUUCUUUGUCAGAGAUUUAUUCUUUGUAGGCUACUUCAGAUAUUACUUUUUUCUGUCACUAUUCAGUGGAUAAUUGCCUCAAUAUGUGCUGUUGCUACAGUGCUGGGGCAAAAUAAACCAGUUUGUUUGGAUGGGUGAAGUACAAGUCUUUUGAAUAGAAACAGAAUUAUUCUGGGAUUUUACAAUAGCAAGUAUGUGCCCUGUUCUAUGUCAGUGCCUCAAAAAUAUGAUGGCAAAAACAAAGUUCAGAGGAAAGUCACAAAAAUGAGAAGGGAUUUGAAAAACAAGUACUGCAGUGUGAAACUUAUGAAGGUGAAGUAUAUGAAGGGCAGGACUGUAUGGUGGCUUGGAUUGUGUGUAUGUGUAAAUAAAAUGAAGCGGAGGAGACCUUGUAGUUCUGAUAAAAAAAAAAGUCAUAAACAGAACUGGUGGCUGGGGAUUCUGGCAAAUUCAGCUUUGAAAUACAGUGCGAUUUCUUUAAAGCAUCAGAAAUAUGGUGCAAUGUCUUAAAAGUGAGAGUAGUUCAACAGUAGAAAAGAUUAAGGGGAGUAGAGGGAAUACAAGAAUAGAUAUUUUUCUAAAAAAUGUUUUUUAUAGUAAAUGCAUUUCUUGUAAAUAUUUUGUGGCUUUAUGUGUACAGGGGUCAAACUUAAUGAUAAAAAUAUCCUGGGUGAUUCUUUCUCUUCCCAAGAUCACGCAAUGACUUUGGCAAAGAGGAUGAAAUUUCACUUAACUGUAUGGUUGUUAAAAUAGCAUUUCUCUUUGAAAUGCGUGUGCUUUCAUGUAUAACUUAGAACAGCUUCUUGUUCAGGCACCCACUGGGAGGACUGGGGAAAAACUAGUGUAUUUGCUAUGUCAGAAAGUGAUUUACAACAGCCAGGGUGAAGUUUUCAUGCCUUGUUUUGAAUAUUUUUUUCUUAAUGCUAUUUACAUAGGUGAAACAAAGUUGAAAGCAAAGUACACAGGAAUUUCCUGGGAUGGGGUUUAUCCAGAGGCGCUGGUUAAAUAAAGCUGGAUGGCAGUGGCCAUCUCCCAAUCUGCACCUUUGCUAAACGUUAGCGUGCAUUGCCUGUUCGCUGUUUAUUCAACUGUGCAGCUUCUGUGUCCUCACUUGCCUUGUGAACUGAAGGAAGGACCUAUGUUAGGGACUGGGGAGGAAUUUCAUACUUUAUAAAUGUAAUCCAAAUAAUUAUCUUCACAUAGCAGGCUGUGAAAGUAAUCACAUUUUAAAGAAAGUGAGCUUGAAUAUUUACUGGACCGUCCUUAGUCUUUUUGCAGGUAAUAGCAACUGAGCAGAUAAAUCUUGUAUGGCUUUAAUCUUUGCCUUGGGUCAUUGCAUGUCUGGACCUUCAAGAGUUUAUUAAAGUACCAAAUUUUGGAAAUAGUUGAAAGAAUAUGUAUUUAUGUAGUAAAGAUAUUUUGCUCUUUGAGCACAAAUGUGCUAAAUUUGUUUUCUUCCCUCUCUUAAAUGUUAAGAGUCUGAUUUAGCUCCACUGGAGCUAUUUUAAGCUUCUUGAUAGUUCGAGACCUCAGUUCCUCUAGAAUCGCUGCUAUUUCUAAUCUUGCAGCAACCACAGCCUCCUUUUGAACAAGAAAAGGGCUAUAGGGGUAAAAAAAAAGAAAAAAGAAAAACAACACCCCCAACCACUAUAUUUUAAAAAACAGAACUAGAAAGCCUUGAAUUCUUUUCUCUUUGUUUAGCUCAUAUGAUUCUUCUUGGUUUGAUGUCAGUGAGUGUGUAUAUAUAAAAUAAUAAUAUAUUGGCAAAAUUUUAAGAUACAAUCAAAUAUUUCCAAGAUAUUUUCUGAUAUCUUUUAUGUAGUCAAAAGAUGGCUGUACUAAGUCCAGUGGAAUGAAAAGACCCCAAAAGACAAAGAUGUUAACAGUGGCUCUCACUGCUGUCAUGACAUGUCAUGACAUGACAUGUCAGCAGAAAUGCUGUCAUGGCUUGAAGCAGCGAUUGAGCACCUGGUGAGAAGGUAGGGCCAACCCAGGGGAGCUCAGGUGCAUGCAAUGUACCUGAGUGACCGGAAUGGGUGGAGCCAGGAUCCACCCCUUCCCACACUCAUUUAAGGGUUGGCAGUGGAGGUGAGGGUACUUUGCUGGAAAUCCCUGCCUAUCUGAGGCCUUCUGAAGGUGCUUGGACGUUCCCCUUUAGCUAACUGCACCACUUUGCCAUCAUCACUGCAUGUCUCCUACUGCUUCUGCCGUGGACUUGUACUCAGCUGCAGCAGGCUUUUGCCUGCAUCUUUCCCCACGUGUUCUUUCAUGUGCUUCUCCAGCUCCAUCUCUGUUCCUUAAUCUGUUUAUCAGGUUAAAGACUUACCCUGAUGGCUGCUGUGGAAAUUUCUUCACUGUGAGAAGUGAGAUAUAUAUUAUGAGUGCCCUACAGUUCCCUCAUGUGCUUCCUACACUGAUGCCUGAUAUCUUGUGAAGGCAGAAUUAUUUCUUUCAGCAGUGGAGCAAGAAGUUUGGAUUUGCCCUAGUUUGAGAGGCGAUUACCACAUGUUUAACCCCAAGACUUAGAAAAUAUAAGACACAUGGCACAGCUUUUAAGACUUUUUCAGACACUGUUAAUUCUGCUACUUCGUGACUACAUCUCAGCUGAAGAUGGGGAAACAAGAGCAAGUUGCAGAACUGCUCCAGCUGAUUUAGUCUUUAUUUUAGAUGGCUCUUACAGUGUUGGCCCAGAAAACUUCGAAAUAAUCAAAAGUUGGCUUGUCAAUAUUACAAGAAAUUUUGACAUAGGGCCAAAAUUUAUCCAAGUUGGAGUUGUUCAGUACAGUGAUUACCCUGUACUUGAAAUCCCCCUAGGAACUCAUGAAUCCACUGAAAAUCUUAUCAAGGAAAUGGAAUCCAUACACUACUUGGGAGGAAAUACAAAAACAGGAAGAGCUAUUCAGUUUGCCUAUGAUCAUCUUUUUGCAAAAUCUUCAAGAUUUUUAACAAAAAUAGCAGUUGUUCUCACUGAUGGAAAAUCCCAAGAUGAAGUCAAGGAUGUAGCAGCAGAAGCAAGAAAAAAUAAAAUCACUUUGUUUGCAAUUGGUGUUGGCUCGGAAAUUGAGGAGGAUGAACUUAAAGCUAUUGCCAACAAGCCUUCAUCAACUUAUGUAUUUUAUGUUGAAGAUUAUAUUGCAAUAUCAAGAAUUAAAGAAGUUAUAAAGCAGAAGCUUUGUGAAGAAUCUGUUUGUCCAACAAGAAUUCCAGUGGCAGCUCGAGAUGAAAAAGGAUUUGACAUUCUUGUAGGACUAGGUGUGAAGAAAAGGGUUAAAAAGAGAAUUCAAAUACCGACUACUAAUGCUAAGGCUUAUGAAGUAACCUCCCGUGUUGACCUGUCAGAAUUGACAAGGAACGUGUUUCCAGAAGGUCUGCCUCCAUCCUAUGUGUUUGUUUCCACUCAAAGAUUUAAGGUAAAAAAGACAUGGGAUUUGUGGAGAGUUCUAAGCCUGGAUAAGAGACCACAGAUAGCAGUCACAAUUAAUGGAGAAGAGAAAACAUUGUCAUUCACUACAACAAGUUUAAUAAAUGGCACGCAGGUUAUUACUUUUGCUGCCCCUCGUGUAAAGACAUUGUUUGAUGAAGGCUGGCAUCAAAUUCGUCUCUUAGUUACAGAAGACUUUGUGACUUUGUAUAUAGAUGACCAAGAAAUUGAAACAAAACCAUUACAUCCUGUUUUAGGUAUUUACAUCAGCGGGCUAACCCAAAUAGGAAAGUAUUCUGGAAAGGAGGAAACUGUACAGUUCGAUAUACAAAAACUGCGAAUCUACUGUGACCCGGAGCAAAAUAAUCGAGAGACAGUCUGUGAGAUCCCAGGAUUUAAUGGAGAGUGCAUGAAUGGCCCAAGCGAUGUAGGCUCCACACCUGCCCCCUGCAUAUGCCCUCCAGGGAAACAAGGACCUCCAGGCCCCAAAGGAGAUCCUGGGCAGCCUGGGAAUCAUGGUUAUCCUGGUCAGCCUGGUCCAGAUGGUAAGCCUGGUUAUCAAGGAUCAGCAGGAACUCCAGGUAUCCCAGGAACUCCAGGGGUUCAAGGACCACGUGGCUUACCAGGUAUCAAGGGAGAACCAGGAAAGGAUGGAACAAAGGGUGACCGUGGACUGCCUGGUUUUCCUGGAUUACAUGGGAUGCCAGCACCAAAGGGAGAAAGGGGCCCUAAAGGAGACCAAGGAGUGCCAGGGAUAUAUGGAAAAAAGGGAUCAAAGGGAGAAAAAGGUGAUACAGGGUUUCCAGGAAUGCCUGGGCGAUCCGGAGACCCUGGCAGAAGUGGAAAAGAUGGAUUGCCAGGAAGUCCUGGUUUCAAGGGAGAAGUUGGACAGCCUGGAUCUCCAGGACUAGAGGGACAUCGUGGAGAGCCUGGAAUUCCUGGAAUACCUGGAAAUCAAGGAGCAAAAGGACAAAAGGGUGAAAUUGGACCACCAGGUCUACCAGGAGCAAAAGGGUCACCGGGGGAAACUGGUUUGAUGGGACCAGAAGGCUCAUUUGGACUACCUGGAGCUCCUGGGCCUAAGGGUGAUAAAGGUGAACCUGGUCUACAGGGGAAACCAGGAUCAUCAGGAGCCAAGGGAGAACCAGGAGGACCGGGUGCCCCAGGUGAACCAGGCUAUCCAGGCAUUCCUGGUACCCAAGGUAUAAAGGGGGACAAAGGAAGCCAGGGUGAAAGUGGUAUCCAGGGACGAAAAGGAGAAAAAGGAAGACAAGGAAAUCCGGGCUUACAGGGAACAGAAGGAUUGAGGGGAGAACAAGGAGAGAAAGGUGAGAAGGGAGACCCAGGCAUUCGAGGCAUCAAUGGACAGAAGGGAGAAUCCGGUAUCCAGGGUCUGGUUGGACCUCCUGGUGUCAGAGGUCAGCCUGGAGACAGAGGGCCCCCAGGACCACCUGGAUCAGAUGGAAAACCUGCACGAGAAUUUUCAGAAGAAUUUAUUCGACAGGUGUGUUCAGAUGUACUGAGAACCCAGUUACCUGUGAUCCUUCAGAGUGGAAGGCUACAAAACUGCAACCACUGUCAGUCCCAGAGUGCUUCCCCAGGACUUCCAGGACCACCAGGUCCAAGAGGCCCUGAAGGUCCAAGAGGGUUUCCUGGUUUGCCAGGGAAUGACGGUGUUCCAGGUCUGACUGGCAUCCCGGGUCGCCCUGGGGCUCGUGGGACAAGAGGAUUGCCUGGGAAAAAUGGUGCAAAAGGCAAUCAAGGAAUUGGGGCUCCUGGGAUCCAAGGCCCACCAGGACCGCCAGGUCCUGAAGGUCCCCCGGGUAUGAGUAAGGAAGGACGCCCUGGAGAGCGUGGGCAGCCUGGUAAAGAUGGAGAUCGUGGCAGUCCCGGAAUGCCAGGACCAGUCGGACCCCCUGGAAUCUGUGACCCAUCACUGUGUUUCAGUGUCAUUGUUGGAAGAGAUCCAUUUAGAAAGGGACCAAAUUAUUAAUUUGUGAUAUAAUGCUCUAGGGGAAUAGAUAUGGUGCUUGUCUUUAAUGGUCUUUCAAGUCUCAGGAAGGUGACCAGCAAUAAUUCCAUAAACAAGAACAGAAGUACCUCUGACAUUAUUAACAUUAUAAAUAAGGUUCCCAAAUGUUAUGCUGUCCUUUAAAAAAUAGGAAUGAAUAAAUGAAAAAAUAAAUGUCCUUUAAAAAAGGAAAUCCAAUAUUUUUUUUAAUAACUUGCAUCAAUUGAAGUGUUUUUUAAAGAAAUCAUCAAUUCUAAUAGAAAUAAAUAUAACUAUAAUAUUUGACAUUUAGUAUUUAAGUGUCCUGUCAUACUCCUGCUACCACUGAAGUCCUUUGCAAAAGUGCUGAGGACUCCACUGGCAGCAGGAUUGGCCUGAAAUGGUAUAGGUCAGGUGUAAACUACUGUGAAAUUUUUCACAUGCAGCUGACAUAUACAGUAUUUGAUUUUGAAAGAAUGUGUCUGGCUUUGACUUCAUAUGUGUGUUAAUCUCAAUGGCUUGUGUACAUUUCAUAGCUCCAAGUGUUCUAUGAGCAAAAACUUAUAUUGGAUUUUUACAAAUUAAGGGAAAUAUCUCUACUUGUUAUAGAAGUAGUAUCACCUAUUUUGCCACGCAGUUCCCUAUUUAAAGCCAAGGUGAAAUGCAAGGUUAGACCUCCUACUGAUUCAAGAAGAGCCAUGGUUUUAUUUAAGGCGGUACUUUUGGCUACGAACAGUCAAAAAGGUUUUCUGCAGGUGAUUCAGCUUAUAUAAAAAUAUUUGGAAAAAAAAAAAAGAAUGGAAUGUUGGUAAUGUUGGCUUGUAGCUAUAACUUGACAAAAAAUAAUUAAUAAAAAAGUUUACACAAGCCCAUUGUAACAGUUCUGCAUAAGUAUGGAUUAAGUUAUGCCAUCACUGUUUCUGCCUAAGAACUGCAGUUACCAAAUUGAAGAAGUAGGUUUACAAAGAGAAAGGUCUAACUGCUGGCUAACUAACUGCAAUGUUUGUUGUGCUGUUUCCUUUUUCAUUUUAAGCAAGGUUUGUGUAAUUUCCUUUGUAUGCUUUGCUGAUGAGGUGUAUUGCUUGCUUUCACAUAAACAGCAAAUGCACAGUUCCGUGAGAAUUUUAAAUCCUUUUCUUAAAUUAAGGCGGAGUCUUGUACUGAGCUUACCCAGUGCUUUAUAAGUGGCUUUUUCUAAUGUGUUGUUUUUCUGUUGUCCCACUAUGAGAUUGGUAAUAUGCUUGACAUUCAAGGGAAAAUAAAAUUUUGUAUAGAA